GUAGGGAGACUCUCUCCAACUGCUGAUUGGAUCCCCUACCCCAAGGAGGGCUGUGUACUGCUGGAAGUCUGCAAGGAUAUUCUCAGGCUCUUUGAGACCCGAAAUUAAACAUGUCGAAAGCACCAAACAGCUGACAUGGGAAGAGGACAAGGAUUCCCCACCUGGUAAUGCAGUGCUGACCAUGUAGGAAAGUGGCAGCUCUGAGGCACUUUUUUGUAAAGGCUAGGUUAUUCUACUGUUUCUUGGGCAUAGCACAAGAUGGCUGGAAAAGGCAGAGGUAGCGGUCGGGGCCAACUGACCUUUAAUGUAGAAGCUGUUGGAAUUACCAGAGGGGAAGCACUGCCGCCACCCACUCUCCAACCUCCCCCGUUGUUCCCGAACCUGGAAUACAAACCAGUACCCCUGCAGACAGGGGAGGAGGUGGAAUAUAUGCUGGCGUUGAAACAAGAACUCCGAGGAGCCAUGAAGACUCUCCCGUACUUCAUCAAGCCCGCUGCUCCCAAGAAAGAUGUGGAACGCUACUCUGAUAAAUAUCAGACGUCUGGACCUGUUGACAAUGCUAUUGACUGGCAACCCGAUUGGAGGCUGCUGCCACGGGAGCUGAAAAUAAAAGUCAGGAAGCCGCAGAAAGACAAGUCCGCCGUUGUCCUCCCCAAACACAAGCAAAGAGUUCCUCUGGAUAAGGAGGAGAUCAUUAAAAAACUAGAGAACCUGGAAAAGAAGGAGGAAGAGGUGAGCUCUGAAGAGGAGGAGGAAAACAAGGAAGAGGAAGAAGAAAAGGAAGAAGGGGAGGAAUAUGAUGAAGAGGAGCACGAGGAGGAGACGGAUUACAUCAUGUCCUAUUUUGAUAACGGCGAGGACUUUGGCGGUGACAGCGAUGACAAUAUGGAUGAAGCCACCUACUGAUCCCCCACAACUCAUUACAGUUGGAUUGCUCCAAGCAGACAUUUAUUGACACCACAAGGUGCUGCGGGGUGGGAAUCCAGAAACCCACAUGAACUUAGCACCCUGCAGUGGACAAUUUUAGUCAGUUUUAGAAUAUUCCAUUUUAAACUGUUUUAUAUUGCAGAUUUCCCAGUUUUAUCGCACAUUGGGCAACAGAACCCAUUUUACUCUUGCAAUCGCCAUCGGCAGGAUCUGCUUUUUUAUUUAAUAGUUUCUUUUGUUUGUACCUUCCUUCCUGCCGGCUAUAGGAACGUGACCACGGACACUUGCAGAACAUUACCACUGCUCACUUACCCUUUAUUGGGCAGGACUAUAUAGACAUUUUAUAUAGAGGUUCAUUGGGAAGUUCAAAAGACAAUGUUUACACUGGUUAUUCCUCUGCUGGUUUAUAUGAUGCAUAUAUCUGGGAUUGCCAUAUUGCUUCCUAACAAGCAAACAGCAACGGCAAGAGCUACAUACGGGCCUUGCCCUUAAAAAAUCCUUUAUUGCGGAAAUGCCAGGCCCGUAUGUAGCUCUUGAGUGCCAUUGCUGUUUGCUUGUUUGGAAUCUGUGGGGAGGGUGCCGAUCCCUCACUAGCAUUGUGCACCAAGCGGUGAGUUUCCGUUGGAGGGCUGAGGGAGUGCGGGUUUGGAUUCGUUGCUUGCACAUAUUGCUUCCUAAACCAUUGGGCAGCAUUCACAUACAGGUAUGGGAUCCCUUAUCUGGAAAACCAUUGUUCAGAAAACUCCGAAUUACAGGUAGGCCAUUUCCCCAUAGACUCCAUUUUAAAAAUGAUUUCCUUUUUCUCUGUAAUAUUAAAACAAUACCUUGUAUUUGAUCCCAACUAAGAUAUAAUUCAUUCUUAUUGAACGCAAACAAUCCUAUUGGGUUUAUUUUAUGUAUCAAUGUUUUUUAGUAGACUUUAGGUAUGGAGAUCCAAAUUAUGGGGAGACCCCUUAUUGGGAAAGCCCUGAAUAACAGGCCCCAUACCUCUCUCUAUAUAUAGAUAUAUAUACAAUACCAAUAUUCAAAGAAUUAAGGCCAGGUUUAUUAGACAUUAAACUGGGGACUCUAGAAGGAUAAUUAUAAAUCAGACACGCUGUGUUCUGCGCAGAAAGCACUCAUAUGUAAAGGAGAACUGAGACUAUUAUCUGCACAGUAACUUCAUUUGCUGAUGGCUAACCUAACAAACAGAACAAGAGCGCUGCUGCUUCAAAUUCAUUAGAUUAGCUGCUAAAACCUUAAAAACUUAGGGAAAAAAUAAUGGAAAUCGUAAAUGUCCUCAGAAGAGCACUCGGAGGAUUAGUUUUUUUCAGGGUGGUUAGUUCCCCUUUAAAUAUCUAUGUAGGAGAAUGUAAAUGGAAGCCAAGCAAACCUUUUUAACUGGUUAUAUCCUGUUUAAUAUAAUGCAGCGUUUAUCCCUCUCCGUUAACCAGUCACAUUAUUCACUGUCCCAUCAUCUGUUCAUUCAAAGGGGCAAUAUGCACCCGUCUGCAGCAUGAGCUUAGUAAAUCGGGCUUUUGUUGGCCGAUAUUAUGUCCUGAGUGUUCCCUUGAUUCUUUGAUACUGUACUUAUGCUUUGAGACAGUGCCCAACUGCCCAUUCUUAAUUCACUAUUUCAAUAUCGGAACUAUUUUACGGCCCCUAAUAAACCUGUCUUUCUCCGAGCAGCCACUAGGUGUCCCCGCAACGCUUCUUUAUUUUACAGGAAUUUCAUAAGAAUUCAACGAACCGUCUACUUUUCCUAAAAUUCUCUGCCAGUACAUCGGCCAAUUAGAAAGUGAAGCCACAGCUCCUCUUCGUGUAUUCUUCUUCUGAUUAUUCAGACUAUCUGCUAAGAUGAAUAAAGCAAUAAAAAGGU